UCUGCUUUUCUUAUUUAAUGCUAUCCUUAUCCUCCAAUGGGUGGUUUUGUUUGUAACCUCCUUUGCCACUCUCAUGGCUUUCCUAGCCACUCAGAGAGUUUGAAAUCCAGCUCAUUUGUUUGAAUUCCCAAAUGGGUUCUGUGGUUCAGCUUCUGGGCUUUAUCUUUUCGGUGCUUUUUUUUUCUUUCAGAGUUCCAUGACUGUAGUUUCUCAGAAUGCAGGAGGUGAAACUGUUAGAGGAACUGUUUUGAUUAAUGGAAGAGCAGGCAUUGGAAGGACGGAUGAAGAUUUCUUCUAUGCCACAUUGGAUUGGUGGCCACCAGAGAAAUGUGAUUAUGGGACUUGUAGCUGGGGUGUUGCUUCUUUGCUUAAUCUAGAUCUUAACAACAAAAUUUUGUUAAAUGCUGUCAAAGCUUUUAAGUCAAUGAAGCUUAGAUUGAGUGGAACCUUGCAAGAUAAGGUCAUAUAUGAGAUUGGACAUCAACAGCAAUCCUGUCACCCAUUUGUUAAAAACAGCUCUGAGAUGUUUGGCUUCACUGGAGAUUGCCUACCUAUGUCUAGAUGGGACGAACUGAACACUUUCUUCAAAGAGACUGAGUAACAAAAGCUUCUCAUUAUUUUGCAGUUUUGAAAACGCACCCAGUUCUUUUUAAUAAUGAU